GGCCCUUCCCCCUUGCCAGCCGGCUAUUUCCGCGCUUGACUGGAAGGAGCUAAAACUGCUGGAUUUCUGCCCUCAGCCGAGGCGUUCUCCAAGUUCCUAAUCCCUGCUCCAGAUGGUUAAGAUACCCAUCUCCACGCUCAGGGACGAAUAGCGAUGGGGAAGGAUUAAAACCCCACAGCGACCCCGCACUGCGACUCGCCGGGAUGGAGAAGUUGGCUCCCAAACCCCCAGCUGCGCCGCACGGCUCCGCCACCUGCCUGCGCUUGCUCUACCCGACCCGGGGCUCCAGGAACACGAAGGGAAGCUCGGAGAGGGGGAAACAGAGUCGACCAAAAGGGGCGCUGCCCCCCUAGAGGAGCGGGGCUGCUCCCGGGGGUUCCCCCCGAGCUCUGCCUCCCUGCGGGGCCGGGCUCGGCCGCUGCCAGCCCCCGGGGCCGCUCCGGGGGGGGUUGGCCGUGCCCCCAGGGGCCGUGCCCGGGGCGGGAGGAGGCGAGGGGAGGCGAGAGGUGGCCGAGCCGCCCCGGGGAGGGGUCACCUGCCCCGGCCGGAGCCCGCCGCCGGGAUGCCGCCCGCCUGCGCUGCCCCCGCUAAUUGGAUGUUCCCUGGAUGGAGGAUUUCCUCCCCUCCCGCCUGCGGGAGUCAUGAAGGCAGCAGGCUCGGCUGCGCUUGAAAGUUUGCCAAGCGGCAGCUAGGUUUAAUUUCUUCAAGGAUCUGGGGAGUAAAGAGGGGCGGGUGGGGGGGGGCGGGGGCUGCGGGGGGACCGUUUCCAAGCAUGGGAGACAGGCUGACGGAGCCUCACGCCAGCUCUUCCCCUGCCGUGGCUGCCAGCUCAGAAGCGGAAGAAAUCGAGGUGCUCGACUCCGAGGAUGUCCUACCUAUGGCCGCAGAGGAUCACUGGAAAGCCCUGUUUGAUCAGAGAGCUAGCUGUUCCUGCAGGCAGGCACUAAAGGGAGAGGAGAGCAGCUGGGAUGAAGCACAAAUCAGGAAGCAGGCUGAAAUGUUUGAUCCUGACAACACUGGCUACAUCAGCACCGAGAAGUUUCGUUCCCUUCUCCAGAGACACGGCUCAGAGCUGGACCCCCACAAGCUAGAGGUCCUCCUGGCCCUGGCAGACAGCAACUCAGAGGGGAGGAUCUGCUACCAGGACUUCGUCAACCUGAUGAGCAACAAAAGGUCGAAUAGUUUCCGCCAGGCCAUCCUUCAGGGGAACAGGAGGCUGUGCAGCAAGGCGCUGCUGGAGGAAACAGGGUUGAGCCUGUCACAGAGGCUGAUCCGGCACGUUGCGUAUGAGACCCUGCCGCGAGAGAUAGACCGCAAGUGGUACUAUGACAGCUACACCUGCUGCCCUCCACCCUGGUUCAUGAUUACCAUCACUAUUGUAGAGGUUGCCUUUUUCCUUUACAACGGAGUGGUAUUAGACAGAUUUGUGCUGCAAGUCACCCAUCCCUUAUACCUGAAGAAUGCACUACUUUACCAUCCUCAGCUCCGUGCUCAGGCUUGGAGGUACCUAACCUACAUAUUCAUGCAUGCAGGGAUAGAACACCUUGGACUCAAUGUUGUCCUUCAGCUCCUGGUUGGGGUUCCCCUGGAAAUGGUGCAUGGAGCUGCAAGGAUCAGCUUUGUGUAUGUCGCUGGAGUUGUAGCAGGAUCCCUGGCAGUGUCAGUAGCUGAUAUGACUGCGCCUGUGGUGGGCUCCUCCGGAGGCGUGUAUGCACUUGUCUCAGCUCACUUGGCCAAUAUAGUCAUGAACUGGUCAGGAAUGAAGUGCCAAUUCAAACUGCUGCGCAUGGCUGUUGCCUUGAUCUGUAUGAGUUUUGAAUUUGGAAGAGCUGUGUGGCUGCGAUUCCACCCCUCUGCUUACCCUCCAUGCCCACACCCCAGCUUCAUGGCUCACCUGGGAGGGGUGAUGGUUGGAAUCACCCUUGGAGUUAUCAUUUUGAGGAACUAUGAGCAGAGACUCCAAGAUCAGACUUUAUGGUGGAUCUUCCUUUCUAUUUAUCUCAUUUUCGUGUUGUUUGCCAUCUUCUGGAACAUUUUUGCCUACAGCCUGUUGGAUCUGAAACUACCUCCCCCUCCUUGAAUGCAUGGGACAGAAACCUCUGGAGAGCAGAAGUCAUCUGCCAGCUAAGUUAUAUGAGCCAAGAUGGAAGAUCUAUUUUUAUAUUUAGCUUAGGGGAGGAUGAUUAUUUUGAACACAAGUGUGUGCUGAAGGAGACACUUAAAGAUCUCACGAGUGAAUGGAUUGAUCUGUUUGUUCAUAAAUCUAACAGGUACUGUGCUGGCUGGCCUGGACCCCGCAGUUUCUUCACUGCCAGGGCUCCCACUGGGCAGCUUGAAACUGGGCAUUUAUCACUUGGUUUGUUAGCACACAUCAAUAUUUUGUAUGGGAUAUUUGCAUUUUCCGAGUCAGUGUUGGAAUUGCAGCCAGUUGUUGAAUGAAUCUCCUCAAAGUUACUGAACACUAAAAGGGAAAAAGAGCAGUCAAUUACUAACUAGAGAUUUGCACGAUACUCACAAGGCAGAUUGGAUUUGGUUUCUACGGAUACAUCUGACUGUUCAGCCAUACCAGUGCCACUGUCUAAUUACUUGAAUGAUUCCUUAAUGAAAAUUAAGCCUCUGGUGAAACCUGUCUUAUGCACCUUUCAAAGGGGUCAGCAAAUCUUGAUCACCCAAAGCGAUGGAGACUGGUCUUCAACUACAGGUCAUAUGCAAUUGCACUACAAACCUUGGGAACUCUUUAGAGUGAUAUGGACACUCAGCCAGAGGUGACUUUUACUGUGCAUAUUUUGCUUGAUUUUUAUUCCCCCCCCCAGCCUGUUGUAGCUACAGGGUGUGACUGGGGUUUCUUACUGGGGAUGGAGAAAAGAAGGGCAAAUGUUCAUUUCUGAUUUUAUCAGUUGACAAUCAGGUGCUGCUUUAUUCUCACUUUGUUUCUGGACAUAUUGUUGUAACAACACAUGGCCUGUAACACUCUUUCAGCAGGCUCUUGCUGUGGAGGUGGGACCUGGAUCACCCUCAGCAGCACAGGGUGGGAACUGUCUGGGCUUCACAGCCAUGCAGUCUGAUGGGUGCCAGGUUUGUCCACUCAAGUCAGUGGAGUUAAAUCAGAUCUUCUAUCACCGGUUUCAACCUGAAGUGGAAAGAGUGUUACAGUGAUCACUGUGAAAAUGAUAAAGCUGAUUUUAAAUUGACUGCUACGUUUUGAGGAUGGCAACUAUUCCUGAGGCAAUGGAAGAUCAGGGGCUCCAAGCAGCAGUCAGUUGCAGUGAUGCCUUUUUUGCUUAGCAUAGGUCAAGCCCAGGUUUUAGGAAUCUGAUCUGUAGCACAGCCCGUAGAGCAGCAUGAUGCAUGCUGCCUGCAUGGACCUGGGGACCAGACUGGAAUGUCUGUAUGGUGUAUGCCUCUGUAAGGUGUUUGUUGUUAUGCUUCUCACUUUAGAGAGCUGCCAAACCACAGUUGAGAAAUGUGGAUGCCUUCCUUUUCUCCCCCCUACGCCCACCCAGUUUGGCCUAGACUAGCUCCUUUUUUUCCUUUUUUCUGUUUGCAUGUUGGUGCCCAGCCACCAGAGCCUUCCACAGCAUAUCUCAUGGGCAGUGUAGCAGUAGGUUUUCUCUGUAGCGAAGGGUUUCCGUAUCACAGGCUUUAUUCUCUCAUCUGUGUAAAUGGUGCUGCCAGACGAUACCACAAACUAGUGAGAGCUCGGCUUUCUAGAGGGGAAAUUCUUGAGACUUCAUCAGCUGUCCACUUAUUUGCCUUUAUAGGAAAAAUCUCUCUGGAAGGCUGAAGUUCUCCCACGGUAUCUGCUAGUAAAAAUCCUGUUGCCUCGGUGAAAGAGAAGGGGGAGAAGGAAAGUGUUUCUACAACCUGGAAUGAGUCUUGUCCACAAAAGGAAAAAGUUUUGCCACCUUUGUGCACAGAAAUGGAAUCUCUGAGGGCAACUGCACCUUUGUUGUUCUGCAUGGCUGGCAUGUUGUUCUUGAGCCCUCAUAUCAAGGUACAAAGGUCAGAGCUCCGUUCAUUUUGAAGAAGGGGACUGAUUCCCUGUUCCAUUUUAUCUCUGCAGUUUGGGUGAAGCUCAGAGCAGUCGUAAGAGUUUACAUGUGUUGCUUCAGGUCAGGAGCUUGCCAGUGAGUUUCAUACUGGUGGAGGUGUAGGGAGACAUAGGCAAACAGGCAGGAGGGGAACUAGAAUACUGAGGAAAGCAUGGCUAAUGCAUAAGGAGGACAUUCCUUUCCUCACCUGUUAUGAAACCUAUCUGAUUGCAGAUGCCUUUAAACCAAAGUUGAGCGGGAAGCAGGAGUUCCCCUGCAAAUUUUCAUAAAACUUUGAAAUUCUAGGUAGAAAAUGUUAAUAAAUCCCAGAUUAUUUUGUCUAUAA